GAGAUAAAUAAACCUGAGAUAAUUUAACAUAGAACUGGGUUUGAUCUGUAAUUUUGUAUUCAUAUAGGAACUUUAAAAAGUGAUAGUUUGAGCAUAUAUGUGAAGAUGUUAUAAGGGGUUGGGCUAAUGCUUAUUAUUUGGAGGCAAACCAUGAUUAGCAUGUUAGAGUCCUGUCUGAUCCUGCUCACUGGUUCAUCUUGAGCAAGCAUGAGAUGAAAAUGGAGGUAGCAAUUUUUCAAUAGAUUUGCACACUGGGAAUCACUUCAUUAAGUCAUUAUGUGAACAGCAUCUAGCAUCAGUGCAGGUUGAAAAAGGGGCUAAUAGCCCAGUGUUAAUAAUGUUCAUAUCCCUGAUCCUGUAAACAUGCUAAGCAUAACAGCCAAGUUGAUAAUGUAAUGAAACUUUAUUGCUUAAUGUUCUUGAUUUUUUUGAUCAUUUUAACUAAGUGAUAAGAGCAUGAAUCAUAAACCUUGCUCAAUCACGUAGCAUCGGGUAACAAUAAUUGUGCCAAGGUGCAGUUCAGAAGUGCAUGCUCAUUAGUAAUGAAUCCUGUGAGUUAUAUGGUAAGGUGACAUUUCAGUAGAUCUCUCUGCAUACAGCUUCUUAAGCUUUUCUGAAAAAGAGCUCGCCAUCUGACUCUGGUGGGGAUGGAGAGUUGAUAUAAGUGUCCUUCGUGAUGCGGCCGUUGUCAGCAGCUCUACACUGUCAGCCGUCUUCUUGACAGAGGUUUCUGAUUGAAAGUCUGCCCUUUUUUCAGCUAUAAUCUUACGUAUGUUUAGACAGGAAAAAGCCCUACACCUCAGCUGAGACCCUUAAUCCUCUGCAACAACCAUUGGUAUGAAAUUAAGAUGCAGGAGAUACUGGCUCAUGGAAUGGAAUCAGAAAAAGAAAAUGUUUAGAAAAUGUAUGUAGCAGAACUAGUUAGAAUUUAAUUAAGAUUAAUAUAUUUUUCAUACUUUGCUGCUUAUAUUUAAAACAUUUAAUUGUGUGCCCACGGAUUAUAUUCCUACAUUAAUAGAAGGAUAUUAUUCUUCAUAGCAUUUUGACUUCUCCCCACCUAAACUUUACAUGCAUUUAAUUAAGUUGGUUUUCUCCUCUCUCUGCCAGGAUUGCUUCACUUCCUUCUUUCCAAGCCUGCAUAACUGACAUUUGGGGUUAUGAAGUCAGUCCUAGAUGGCCUCGCAGAUACAACCUUCAGAACAAUUACCACAGAUCUUCUUUACAUGGGUGAUUUCAGAUCAAAAAUGACUGCAGGAGAAGAUGCUGGUUUGGGUGUGCACCCAUCAGAUCAGAUCAAUAUUACUGAUUUUUACAACAAGACCUUAUUCAAAGAUAAUGAGGAAAAUAUACAAUGUGGAGAUAACUUCAUGGAUAUGGAGUGCUUUAUGAUUCUGAACCCUAGUCAGCAGUUGGCCAUCGCAGUGCUGUCUCUUACCUUGGGCACUUUUACUGUUCUGGAAAACCUUCUGGUCUUGGUUGUCAUCUUGCAGUCCCGAAGUCUUCGCUGCAGGCCUUCCUACCAUUUCAUCAGCAGCUUGGCAGUGGCUGAUCUUCUCGGCAGUGUAAUCUUUGUCUACAGUUUCGUUGACUUCCAUGUUUUCCAUAGGAAAGACAGUCCCAAUGUGUUCCUUUUCAAAUUGGGUGGAGUUACAGCCUCAUUCACUGCCUCAGUUGGCAGCCUUUUCCUCACUGCGAUAGACAGGUACAUCUCUAUUCACCGGCCCUUAUCGUACAAAAGGAUUGUUACCAGAUCAAAGGCAGUAGUAGCAUUCUGUAUGAUGUGGACCAUCGCCAUUGUAAUUGCUGUCCUCCCUCUCCUCGGUUGGAACUGCAAAAAACUCAAUUCUGUUUGUUCAGAUAUAUUUCCUCUAAUUGAUGAGAACUAUCUGUUGUUCUGGAUUGGGGUCACCACUGUACUCUUGCUUUUUAUUGUGUAUGCCUAUAUGUACAUACUCUGGAAGGCUCAUAGCCAUGCUGUUAGAAUGCUCCAGCGUGGCACUCAGAAAAGCAUCAUAAUUCACACUUCAGAGGAUGGUAAGGUGCAGCAGAUCACUAGGCCUGAGCAAACCCGCAUGGACAUCAGGUUAGCCAAAACCUUAGUCCUCAUUCUUGUGGUUUUGAUCAUCUGCUGGGGUCCUCUACUUGCAAUUAUGGUCUAUGAUGUCUUUGGGAAGAUGAACAAACUUGUCAAGACUAUCUUUGCCUUCUGCAGCAUGCUGUGUCUGCUGAAUUCCACAGUGAAUCCCAUUAUCUACGCUCUUAGGAGCAAGGACCUGAGACAUGCUUUCAGGAGCAUGUUCCCACCUUGUGAAGGGACCGCACAGCCUCUGGAUAACAGCUUGGAAUCUGACUGCCAGCACAGACAUACCAACAACCCAGGUAAUGUCCACAAGGCUGCUGAAAGGUGUAUUAAAAACACAGUUAAGAUUGCCAAAGUGACCAUGUCUGUCUCCUCAGACACAACUGCAGAAGCAUUGUAAAAGAUCUCUUGGUAUCAUGAGAAAGCAAGAGAAAGCAAGAGAAACUCAUGACUUCGAAAGUGUAUGUUUCCUCAUAUGUACCAAUUUUAAGUUUAUUUUUUAAGUGACUGGAUUUUUGUUUAAAGUCUUCAGCAGUAGCCCCUCCUCCAAGUUCUAAUAACAAGGACUCAAGCUAUGUAUCAAGAGAACAGGUUUUCCAAUGGCAAAGUGCAAAUUGAAUAAUAAUAACCAAACCCUGUUAUCAUAUACAAAAACAUCACAUUAACCAGUAAGAAUAAUCUGC